AGUUACAUGUGCCAGGAAGAAAAAGAUUUCCAAACUUAGUUACCAUGGCCGCUCUGACACGGCGGAGCUCGUUCUAGACGCACUUUUAGCUCUUUGCUCGAACGUUUCCAUCAAAACUUUAAGAAAAGGAAGCAGAGUUGUAGAAGUCAAGCAGGAGGUUUGUGUUUAAGGCGGACAAUGGGGAAAAAACAGGAGACAAGUCCGGACUCCAAGUAUGGAGAACCGGCUCAGUUUGACCCAAUGUUCAAUGGACCCAUGAAGAAAAGAGGAUGCACCGAUAUCAUCUGCUGCGUCCUGUUCAUGGCGGUCCUCCUCGGCUACAUAGCGGUGGGGAUUUUAGCUUGGCUCUUUGGAGAUCCAAGACAUGUUCUUUAUCCAACAAACUCCACUGGAUGGUUCUGUGGCAUUGGACCAAAUGAAGGCCGACCCAACCUGUUCUACUUGGACAUUCUCAAAUGCGCCACAUCUGUUAACGUUAUGGCAACUGCCCUUAACGGUUUCCAGUGUCCAACCACACAGGUGUGCGUGGCUGACUGUCCCACUGAGUUUUGGGCUGUGGAAAUACCGUCAUAUUUUCCCGACGUAAAACCAACAGACGUUUUCAAUCAAAGCCUCUGUGUGCCAUCCAUAGACCUGGCAAAUACUGAAAAGACUGUUAAAGAGAUUGUGGACAACGAGCUGUGUCCUUUCUUCUACAUGCCCACCAUCUCUGUGCUGGGGCGGUGUUUGCCCGACAUCUCGGCACUGGAGAGGAUCCCUUCAGCCUUUUCCGAAAUUCCCGGAUUACCCUCAGUCAACGACACAGUCGACCUAAUCAAGAACGGCACUGGGGACAUCGUGAAUGGCUUCAAUGCCAGGGACAUUGGCAUCCGCAUCUUUGAGGACUUUGCGUCGGCAUGGCCGUGGAUUCUCCUCGGUCUGCUCAUAGCCAUGGUGGUCAGUAUGCUGUUCCUGUUGCUGUUGAGGUUCACGGCUCCAGUGAUGGUGUGGGUGCUCAUCAUAGGAGUCCUGGGUGCGGGGGCAUAUGGUAUAUGGCACUGCUACUGGGAAUAUGAUAACCACAAGCAAGCCUCUACUACCAUCAGUGACAUUGGCUUCACCACCAAUUUCAACGUUUACUUGCAAGUCCAAGAGACCUGGCUGGCCUUCUUGAUAAUCAUAUCUGUGGGGGAGGGGAUCAUUCUCCUGACCAUCAUCUUCUUGCGGACAAGAAUCCUCAUCGCCAUCGCCCUAAUCCAGGAGUCCAGCAAGGCAAUCAGUCACAUGAUGUCCUCUCUGCUGUACCCUUUGGUCACCUUUGUUCUCCUGCUGGUGUGUGUCGCUUACUGGAGCGCCACCGCUUUAUAUUUGGCCACCUCAGGAGGCCCGAUCUACAAAGUGGUGGCUCUAAACUCCACUCUUGACGACUGUAAGAGUAUCAAUGGCACUGUGAACUGUGACCCUCAGAACUUCAACUCGUCUGACUACCCAGGCUGCCCCUCAGCCAGCUGCAUCUUCAUCAAAUACAACGAGGAGGGUCUCUUCCAGAGGAACCUCUUCAACCUGCAGAUCUACAACGCGGUGGCCUUCCUCUGGUGUGUCAACUUCGUCAUCGCCUUGGGGCAGUGCACGCUGGCGGGGGCCUUCGCCUCCUACUACUGGGCCUUCACCAAACCGGAUGACAUCCCCACCUUUCCCCUGAGUGCCAGCUUCAUACGCUCGCUCAGGUACCAUGUGGGCUCCUUGGCAUUCGGUGCUUUGAUCCUGACCCUAGUGCAGAUAGCGAGGAUGAUUCUGGAGUACAUAGACCACAAAACAAGAGCGGCGCAGAAUCCAUGUGCACGUUUCAUAUUGUGCUGCAUGAAGUGCUGCCUCUGGUGUCUGGAGAAGUUCAUCAAGUUCCUCAACAGGAACGCGUACAUCAUGAUUGCUAUUUAUGGGAAGAACUUCUGCGUCUCAGCCAGAAAUGCUUUCAUGCUGCUCAUGAGAAAUAUCGUGAGGGUCGUGGUGCUCGAUAAAGUGACAGACCUGCUGUUGUUCUUUGGGAAGCUCCUGGUGGUCGCAGGAGUGGGCGUGUUGUCCUUCUUCUUCUUCUCUGGGAGAAUACUGCUACCAGGCAACACCUUCCGCUCCGAAACCCUCAACUACUACUGGAUGCCAAUUAUUACGGUGGUGUUUGGUAGCUACCUCAUAGCUCAUGGAUUCUUCAGUGUGUACAACAUGUGUGUCGAUACACUCUUCCUCUGCUUCUUGGAGGACCUGGAGCGCAACGAUGGAUCUCUGCAGAAGCCGUACUUCAUGUCCAAAAACCUCAUGAAGAUCCUCAACAAAUCCAACAAAGCUCCAAAAAAGGGUAAAGGGAAGGACUGAAGAUCGUUUUCACCUUUUAACACUCCAUUGUUUUCCAAAUAAGUUGACCAAAACUAAUUUGCUGAUUUUGCACUUUUUAAAUCUUGUUUUAUUGUGUAUGUGCGUGUAGUAUUAAUGACUGUACACAUUAAAGAGAAUGAAUGUGAAUGCAGGGGAUGUGACAUCUUAAGUUGCUCAGUAUCUUCACAUGACUUAUUUCAUUUGGCUUUUUAUUUCACUGAAGGUCCUAAAAUAAUUCUUGUUAUUUUAAAUAAUAUUUGUUUGUGUUCAUUUGAUUUUGGACAUUUUUGAGGGAUUGAUCAUGUGUCAGUUAAUCCAGUUUAAAGGCCUUUAAAGCAGGUGA